UUUCAGUGUCCAGCUGUUCAACAGAUGAGUACAGGUUGCUUUUACGGAGAUCAGGCGCCCCCACAACCUGUACAGCUCCCACAGUCAUACACUCUCCAGCCAUUUGUUCAACAUCAGAUGGAGAUGGGUAUGCAGAGAUACAUGUAUGAGCAAAUGGGUUUUGAGGUGAAAUCCCCGUCUGCACCUGAGUCUGUUAGUCAACAGAGAUCUAGUGAACCGGCUGAGAGGCAGGAGAAGGCAGAGAAUAAACAGCAGUUGAAUGAAGAAGUGAAAUCCAAAAUGAAGAAUAUGUUUAUUGAUGAGCUUCUCAGACGCUAUGCUAUAACAUCAACACUAGAGAUGGCACAGGGUACAGUGGCACCUUUCCUAAAAUACCCAUCAGAUGAUAUUGUUGUAGGAUAUUAUAAGAAAGAGCGUAAUACAGAUCUUACAGGAGAAGAAUGGAACCCCGAGGCUGAUUGUGAAUAUCUGCGAUUUUCAAUGAAAGGAGCAGGUACAACAGAGAGCAUUAUUACACAUAUCGUGGCAACAAGGUGUAAUACACAAAGACAGAAGCUUAAAGAAAUGUAUAAAACAAUGUAUGGCAAGGAUUUAAUCAAGGAGAUCAAGAGUGAACUAAGUGGUGACUACAAAGAUGCCAUUGUGGCCUGUUUCAUCUCUCCUGCUCUCUAUGAUUCUAAAUGUAUCAAGGAAGCUAUCUAUGGACUUGGUACAGAUGAAUUGGCAUUGAUUGAAGUUUUAAUGACCAGGACUAAUCGUCAGAUUAAAGAAAUAAGACAAGUGUAUGGGACAGUUGCAAAGCCUGAUAAGCCUUGUAAAGAAACUCAGCUGGAUGAAGAUAUCUCUGGUGAUACAAGUGGUUAUUUCAAGAAAUUACUGAUUUCAGCUGCACAGGGUAACAGGUAUGAAAUCACUAGAAAAAAGCUGGAAAAUGCUGUUGAAGAGAUUGUUAAUGCUAACGGUGAAGGAACUGGAAUGUUUGAGGUUAAUUACACCAAGUUGGCUGAUCAUAAGACAGCAGUGCGUGAUGCUGAGAGAUUAUUUAAAGCUGGUGAAGACAGGUGGGGCACAGAUGAAGAAACUUUCAACCUUAUAUUUGCUACCAGAGAUUUCUAUCAGCUACGAGCAGUGUAUGAUCAGUAUGUUAAGAUAGCACAAGCUGAUAUCCGACAUGCAGUUGACAGUGAGACAUCUGGGGAUUACAGGAGGGGAUUAAAAGCAGUUGCUCAAAUUGUGAUGAACAGGCCAAAAUUCUUUGCACAUAGACUCAUGAAGGCUAUGAAAGGACUUGGUACAGAUGAAAGAACUCUGAUCCGUAUAAUAGCUUCAAGAUCAGAGAUUGACAUGGUUCAGAUAAAGGCGGAAUUCUUGGAGUUAACUCACAAAACCUUAUACAGAUAUAUAUCAGAGGACACCAGCUACAACUUCAAGAAAAUUCUUCUAGCUCUUGUUGGCAAAGAUUAAUUCAUAAUGUUGCAAAGAUUAAUAAACAUGUAGUACAAUCUAGUAAAAGAGAAAAAGACUUAUCAUUAACCUACUUAGAUGUACUCAAAACUAUUUGCAAUAACAUUUGAUUAUAUUAAGCAGAGACAGAUAAGUGAUAGGUAAAGCUAUGUUCAGGAAAAUUGAAAAAGAAGAUUUGUUGUAUACUACUCUAGAAUAUUAAGAUAUGUGAUUCCUGCAUAACUGUGAUAAAUUCCUGCACCUAUACAUGUUAUUUAUAUUGAUAUAUUAUAUAUAUUUAUAGUUUGCAAAAAUUGUUCAGAUAUGAUGCUGUAGUAAUAUUAAUUAUGCAUGAUAUAUGACUGUCUAUAAAUUAACAUAGCACCUGCUCAGUAGAAUAGUCAGCAUUGUUAUGUGAAGAAAUUGGCAGAUUAAAUUUUAAA